GGCGGCGCGAAGCGGCGGGGUCUGGCGGUCGCUUCUGGUGGUCGCUGAGCGUGGGGAGCCUUUCCGCUCAGCUUUACCGGCGGCGGCUGCUGGCCUCCAGAGGGGAAGCCCGUCGGGGCGACCCGGGGCACCGGCUGUGGGGCUGGCCGGGAAGGGGGCCGAGGCCUGGGUGGGAAGGAGCGGCGGGCCUGUGGGAGCUGCGGUGGCGGCGGCAGCGUUGGCUGAGGAGGCGGCGCCGGGGCUCAACCCGGAGUCCGGGAACUGCCCCUGCCCUCGGCGGCACCGCUGGGCGAGGGGCUCCGGGCGCUGGUUCGGCACCCAGAGACCGUGCGCGUUCUGUGAGGAUCCCGACCCCUCCGGCCUCGGGCUGAGCGCAGCGUUGCAGCUCUACAGGGGCGCGGGGGAAGCAGAGGGCCCGGGGUGCCCCUACGCUGCUGUGCCGUGAGGCCAGGGGUGAUGACAUGGCCUCUGCGAGCUCCAGCAGGGCCAGGGCAGGGCCACCCUGCGAGAAGUCCCAGCUCUCUGUGAAAGUGGUGUCCGUGAAGCCCAAGGCCCACAACCGACAGUCACGGAUGAACUGCUACGUGGAGGUGGCGGGCGAUGGGCUGCCCAGCGAGACCAAGAAGACGGGAAAGCAGAUGGGGAGCUCUGAGCUGCUGUGGAAUGAGAUCCUCAUCUUGAAUGUCACGGCUCAGAGUCACCUGGACCUGAAGGUGUGGAGCUGCCAUACGUUGAGGAACGAGUUGCUGGGCACCGCCUCCGUCAGCCUAUGGAACCUGCUCAAGAGUGGUGGGAAAUUGGAGAACAGGCAGCUGACCCUGAACCUGCAGACGGAGAACAAAGGCAGCGUUGUCUCCGGUGGAGAGCUGACGAUUUUCCUGGAUGGGCCGGCUGUUGAUCUGGGAAGCCUGCCGAAUGGCAGUGCUGUGACAGAGGGUGAGUGCCGCCCGGCUCCGCGUGCAUGCAGCAGCUCUGUGCACGAGGCGGUGAGCAGCGGCGGGGAGAGGAGCGGGGCUGACAGCACGGCCCCCAGCACCCCUGAGCAAACAUCUGAGUGCCGACAGCCACCUGCUCCCCCAGGGUCCCAGGUGCCUGGACGGGACCCCGGCAGCAUGGCUGCAGCCACGGAGAGCAGACAUCAGUCUGCUACCACAAACUGCUUUGGGAGCAGAUCAAGGACGCACCGCCUCGCCGCUGGGGCCUCCAGGCAGGGUGCGGGCAGCGGGGAGCAAAGUCCUAACGCGCGGAGCCGGCACCGGCAGCCACCCAAAAGCCCAACAGCCAGCAGCAUGGCCAACGGCACCGCCAGCAGCACCGUGAACGGCGAUGUGGUGGGAGCUGCGGACAUGGAAGAGGAAAGGCCAGCUGUGGGGACAGCCACGCUGGCUGCAGCGACAUUGAGCACAGCUGAGGGCUCUGUUGCUGCAUCCACCCUUCCUGCCCUGCCUGGCUCCACAGAAGCUGAGGAGGCAGCACCCAGCACCCCGCAGGCACGGACAGCAGUGCAGGCUCAGGACUCUCUGCCCCCCGGGUGGGAGCAGCGGGAGCUGCCAAAUGGUAGAGUCUACUAUGUAGACCACAACAACAAGACCACCACGUGGGAACGACCGCUCCCGCCAGGGUGGGAAAAGCGCGUGGACCCCAGGGGCCGCUAUUACUAUGUGGACCACAACACCCGCACCACCACGUGGCAGCGCCCCACGGCCGAGUACGUCCGCAACUACGAGCAGUGGCAGUCCCAGCGCAGCCAGCUGCAGGGAGCCAUGCAGCAGUUCAGCCAAAGAUUCCUGUACCAGCCGUCCGGUGCCCCGUCUGACAAUGAUCCUCUCGGUCCCCUUCCUCCUGGCUGGGAAAAGAGACAGGACAAUGCGCGGGUGUAUUACGUGAACCACAACACGCGGACCACGCAGUGGGAAGACCCUCGCACACAGGGGAUGAUCCAGGAGCCACCCCUGCCUCCUGGCUGGGAGAUGAAGUACACCAAUGAGGGCGUGCGCUACUUUGUGGACCACAAUACGCGCACCACCACCUUCAAGGACCCACGGCCAGGAUUUGAGUCUGGGAGCAAGCAGGGUGGAUCACCGGGUGCCUAUGACCGGAGCUUUCGCUGGAAGUACCACCAGUUCCGCUUCCUUUGCCACUCCAAUGCCUUGCCCAGCCACGUGAAGAUCAGUGUUUCCCGACAGACUCUCUUUGAGGACUCCUUCCAGCAGAUCAUGAACAUGAAGCCCUAUGACCUGCGACGCCGCCUCUACAUCAUCAUGCGUGGUGAGGAGGGCCUGGACUACGGCGGCAUCGCCAGGGAGUGGUUCUUCCUCCUGUCCCACGAGGUGCUCAACCCCAUGUACUGCCUCUUUGAGUAUGCCGGCAAGAACAACUACUGCCUGCAGAUCAACCCUGCCUCCUCCAUCAACCCUGACCACCUCACAUACUUCCGCUUCAUCGGCCGUUUCAUUGCCAUGGCUCUGUACCACGGGAAAUUCAUUGACACCGGCUUCACACUGCCCUUCUACAAGCGGAUGCUGAACAAGCGACCCACUCUGAAGGACCUGGAAUCCAUUGAUCCAGAGUUCUACAACUCCAUCAUCUGGACCAAGGAGAACAGCCUGGAGGAGUGUGGCCUGGAGCUCUACUUCAUCCAGGACAUGGAGAUCUUGGGCAAGGUGACCACCCAUGAGCUGAAAGAGGGCGGCGAGAGCAUCCGGGUGACAGAGGAGAACAAGGAGGAGUACAUCAUGCUGCUGACGGACUGGAGGUUCACACGGGGUGUGGAGGAGCAAACCAAGGCAUUCCUGGACGGCUUCAACGAAGUGGUGCCACUCGAGUGGCUGCGGUACUUUGAUGAGAAGGAGCUGGAGCUGAUGCUGUGCGGCAUGCAGGAGAUCGACAUGAACGACUGGCAGAAGAACACCAUCUACCGGCACUACACCAAGAACAGCAAACAGAUCCAGUGGUUCUGGCAGGUGGUGAAGGAGAUGGACAACGAGAAGAGGAUCCGCCUGCUGCAGUUUGUGACUGGAACGUGCCGCCUGCCUGUCGGGGGCUUCGCAGAGCUCAUUGGCAGCAACGGGCCUCAGAAAUUCUGCAUCGAUAAAGUUGGCAAAGAGACGUGGCUGCCUCGGAGCCAUACGUGCUUUAACCGCUUGGAUCUGCCUCCGUACAAGAGCUAUGAACAGCUGAAGGAGAAGCUGCUGUAUGCCAUUGAGGAGACGGAAGGCUUUGGCCAGGAGUGACGGAGCCCUGCUGCUCUCCCAGCAGCUCCGGCGGUGCUCGCAGCACUGCUGCCUGUGGGAUGGUGCGGGUGGUGCUGAUUCUGUUCUCUUGUUCCUGUGUGAGGUCUGCACACACAGCCCUGGGGCAGUAUUCACGUGUCCUUCCCAACCCAAACUGAAGUUGGGAGGGGAAAGUGGGAGCGAAAGCCCAGCCCUGCUCAGCCUGGGGCUGAGGAAGGGCCAAACCCAGCCUUGUGCACACAGUGUGCACCACAGCUCCUGUCCCUUUGCCGGGACACGGGGACAUGGGUGCUGCGUGGGGCUGUGGGCUACACUCCCUGUCCCAGAGGCUGCUCCAUGUUAGUGGGGUUGUCCCUGCUUGUGGGAAAUGGCUGUGCACCUGGAAAUGGACACAAGCAGCUUCUGAGUGAGGUGCUGAAGCCAAGCCCCAAGGUUCUCUGCAGUUUAUUUUGCCCCUCUCCCUGAAGCAGUACUCAGCUCUUCCCCAUGUGGCACAGAGCCACUGAUGGACUCCAGCCCUGACUUAAGGAGCCAGGCUGGGGCUUUUCCCAGGCUUAGUUAAAGGAGAUCUGGUUUAGGUGUAGGCUAUCCCUCCUGUUAUUUUUUCAGCCUUCCUGUGGCGUUUCAGUAGAUAAUUAAGGAUGAGAAGUGGCUCUUGAGCUGACUCAGGUGCUCAUAAAGACAUAUUUGUGUUUGGGCCAUAUCUUGCUCCCAGCAAGGUACUUGGGUGUCUGCAAUGAGGGCUGUAGGGUGCAGGCAGGGCUGGGCCUGGCACCAUGCUCCACCUUGCUACUACGUUUUGAGGUGCCAGCGUGCAGUGCAGCCCUGUGCUGUUUGGUAUUUAGAGCAAGUGCUGGGAGCUGGUGCUCUGCAGCUUGUGCAAGGCUCGACCACCCCUAUGUGCUGUGCCAGGAGUUUCCAGAGCUGUGAUACGGGCAGGAUCAGGCCCUGCCCACAACCCGGGGUGAAGGGCCGUGGUGUCCUGGCUGUGGCUCUAGGACAGGGCCCUGGUGAGCAAGCACUGGUGUGUGUAUAUCUGUACAUAAAUGAAAUCAUGGACACAAAGCUCUGCAAUAGCUUCUGACCGAUAACUGGAGCGUUUUGUACUGCACCAUCCUGCCUCAGUGAUGCCGAUUUCUUGUGCAAUAAAAGACAAGCAGCUCUCACGGUGCGUCUCUGGCUGGUGUCACAGUGCAGGGACAGCCCCCUGCUCCCCGUGAUGGGGCUGGAGGUUUGGGUGCAGGAUUUCAGCAAUGCUGGUCUGGCGACUGCAUGGGGUACCCUGCAUUCCCCCAUUUCAGGAGCAGGGACGGCUCUGCUCAGAGUUGGCCUCUAGGUUUGUUUCCAUGAAUACAUACAUACAUUCCAUCUGUUUUUCUGUGCACACAUGGAGGCACCUUCCUUGUGUUGAGGGUCUGGCUGGGCACAGCGCCUGCCUGCCUCUCUUAGCCUGUAAUCAUGCUUAGUUAAAAAUGGCUCUGGGAUGGCUGGCUGGCUGUGGUGCUGUGGCUGUGUGCCUACGUUUGGGUGCCAUGAUGAACGUGUCCUCUGUAAUUAGUGGGCUAUAGGCAGGGCGGGAGGGGUGGAUAUGACUGGCACAGCACGGUGGCACCACCCUCAUGGGGAUGUGGUGCCACGGGGGCUUGGAUGCUGUCAUGCUGUGUGCGGUGCUGGGGUACCAUGCUGACAGCUGUGAGGCAGCAAUGGAAAUCAGGCACAUGAGAACAGCAUCCCUGGGAAUUACAGCUUUUGGUUCAAAAAGAAAAAAUCCAACACAGCAGAACUAAAUAAGCCUGCUAUUCACACCACCAGGGGCCAGCUAGCAUCCCAUCAUUUUGCCAUCAGCAGCACUUGCAAUGGGUUAUUAUUUCCUUAGUAGACCAUACUUGUGCUGCACUGUGGGAAACUGCUGCCAGCAUGGCACAGCCCACCCCCAGAAAUUCAUUUGCUAGGGGCCUCCUCUGGCUGCAUUGCUGCCUCCUGGCCACAGGCACUGGUACAGCUCAGCCCACCCUGGACACAG